CUUUGACUUAAUAUUCCAUUGGAUAUUUGAAGAAAACAAGUUAAUUGAACAAGUGUUCUCUCAGGGUAUUUGCAGCUUGUAUGAGUGGAUAGCUUUCAAAACUGCCUUUGCCAGGCUGCUGUCUGGGAUUUCCUGCACUCUGGCCUGGAGCCAGACAUGAAUCUAACUUCCAGUAAAAAUUGCAUGGCUCCCUUUACAAAUCCAGCUGUUUAUGGUAGAGACUGGAAAAUUUCGUUCAUAGGCAUGGACCAUUUUUUUGGUCUAGGAGCCAAACGUGGUAGGCAACAGGAGACAUUAAACUGGGAAAGAUUAGUUGUUUUGGGGUUUUUUUUAAGACUUGUUCCUUUAAAAAAUUUCUGCCACCAAUAUUUUGGAAAGCUCUUUUAAGAGGUUAGCGGGGUUUGUGCCUAAAGUUUCCAUCAUGUGGGGUUUUACCGAAGGGCCUCUUAAGAAUUUCCCACAAUUCUGAGCAAGAAGCAGGUCCCACCUCCUGCUGACGUCACGCCUGUGGAUUGGCUGAUGUUGGGGAGGGCGCGGCUGUAGUUGAGCCGCAACCGCAACCUGGCAGUUGCCAUGACUGGUUCUGGGGCAGCAGGUUGCCAAGGCUUUAGGCUUUUCUUCUGCUUACCUCUACACCGCCUCCUGUUGCUGCUUCUGUUUUUGUUUGAGAUUUUGGCCAACAAACUUAAUGUGCCACAGGUUUUGCUACCCUUCGGCCGAGAACCAGGCCGGGUGCCCUUCGUGCUGGAGGCGCAGCGGGGCUGCUACACUUGGCAUUCCACCCAUCAUGAUGCAGUUACUGUUGAGCCUUUAUAUGAAAAUGGUUCCUUGUGUUCUCAAAAAGCUAUACUCAUUGCUGAAUCUACCCAGCCAGUACGCCUCAGCAGUAUUAUUCUUGCUCGGGAAAUAGUGACUGACCAUGAACUACGCUGUGAUGUUAAGGUUGAUGUGAUACACAGCAUUGAAAUUGUGUCUCGGACCCGGGAACUCUACGUAGAUGAUUCACCACUGGAACUGAUGGUGAGGGCAUUGGAUAUUGAAGGAAAUACUUUUAGUAGUUUGGCAGGGAUGAUGUUUGAGUGGAGCAUUGCCCAGGAUAACGAGUCAGCAAGAGAAGAACUGUCUAGCAAAAUUAGGAUUCUGAAAUACUUGGAAGCAGAAUAUUCUCCUCCUGUCUAUAUAGCUGAGAUGGAAAAAGAAGAGAAACAAGGAGAUAUGAUUUUGGUGUCUGGGAUUAGAACUGGUGCUGCUGUUGUAAAAGUUAGAAUUUAUGAACCAUUCUAUAAGAAAGUGGCAGCAGCAUUGAUACGUCUGCUUGUUUUGGAGAAUAUAUUUCUUAUACCAUCCCAUGAUAUUUAUCUCUUAGUAGGAACAUAUAUUAAAUACCAAGUUGCAAAAAUGGUUCAAGGAAGAAUGACAGAGGUGAAAUUUCCCCUGGAACAUUAUACACUGGAAUUGCAAGACCAUAGAGUUGCACGUAAUGGGACUCCUUCUGAGAAAGUAGCUUUACUGGAUGAGAAAACAGCCACAGUGACUGCCUUCCAACUGGGCCAAACUAAUCUUGUCUUUGUCCAUAAAAAUGUCCAUAUGCGAUCUGUAUCUGGACUCCCAAAUUGCACCAUAUAUGUUGUGGAGCCUGGAUUUUUAGGUUUUACUGUGCAUCCUGGAAACCGAUGGAGUCUAGAGGUGGGACAGGUGUAUAUCAUUACUGUAGAAGUCUUUGAUAAAAGCAGCACAAAGGUCUAUAUUUCCGAUAAUCUCAGGAUUUCAUACAACUUUCUAAACGAUUACUUUGAAGAGCAGAGACCAUUAACUACUGUGAAUGGAUCUUACCAUGUAGUAAAAGCCCUGAAAGAUGGUGUUGUGGUGAUAAAUGCAUCCCUGACUUCCAUCAUUCAUCAGAAUAAAAAUAUUCAGCCUAUAAAAUGUCUAAUCAAACAUCAGCAAGAAGUGAAGAUUUAUUUUCCCAUCAAGCUUACACCCAACUUUCUGGCAUUUCCUCAUCAUCCUAUGGGAAUGUUAUAUCGUUAUAAAGUACAGGUAGAGGGUGGUAGUGGCAACUUCACCUGGACCUCUUCUAAUGAAACAGUGGUCAUGGUAACCACCAAAGGAGUGGUGACUGCAGGUCAGGUCAGGGGGAACAGUACUGUUUUGGCCCGAGAUGUACAAAAUCCCUUUCGAUAUGGAGAAAUUAAGAUAUAUGUCCUAAAACUGAAAAAAAUGGAACUGUUACCAUUUCAUGCUGAUGUGGAGAUUGGCCAGUUUAUAGAAAUCCCCAUUGCAAUGUAUCAUGUAAAUAAAGAGACCAAAGAGGCCAUUGCAUUCACAGACUGCUCUCAUUUAUCCUUGGAUCUGAACAUGGAUAAGCAAGGAGUCUUUACGCUUUUCAAAGAAGGUAUCCAAAGACCUGGAUCAAGGCACUGUUCCAGUACACAUAUAGCAGCCAAAUCUCUGGGCCAUACUCUGGUAACAGUGAGUGUGACUGAACAUGAAGAGUACUUGGAGAGCAGUGCCACAUUUGCUGCUUAUGAACCCCUAAAGGCUGUAGACCCUGUGGAAGUGGCAUUGGUGACGUGGCAGUCCGUGAAGGAAGUGGUAUUUGAAGGGGGCCCUCGUCCAUGGGUCUUAGAGCCCUCCCGAUUUUUUUUGGAAUUGAGCAUGGAGAAGAUGGAGAAGAUUGAAGUAACAGAAGUCCGGCUGCCAGCUAAGAGAAAACAGAACCAGUACAUCUACCGGGUCCUGUGCUUGGAUUUAGGGGAACAAGUUCUCACAUUCAGAAUUGGAAAUCACCCAGGUGUCCUGAAUCCUAGUCCAGCGGUAGAGGUUGUGCAGGUGCGCUUCAUAUGUGCCCACCCUGCCAGUAUGUCAGUAACCCCAGUAUACAAGGUGCCAGCUGGUGCCCAGCCAUGUCCUCUGCCACAGCACAACAAACAACUGAUUCCUGUAUCAAGCCUGAGGGACACAGUCCUGGAACUGGCAGUGUUUGAUCAACACAGAAGAAAGUUUGAUAAUUUCAGUUCACUAAUGAUAGAAUGGAAAUCCUCGAAUGAAACACUAGCCCAUUUUGAAGAUUAUAAGUCAGUAGAGAUGGUAGCUAAAGAUGAUGGUGGUGGGCAGACCCGGUUACAUGGUCAUCAGAUCCUUCAAGUACAUCAGAUAAAAGGGACUGUACUCAUUGGGGUCAAUUUUGUGGGUUAUUCAGAGAAGAAAAGCCCAAAAGAAAUUUCCAACUUACCCAGAUCUGCAGCUGUGGAGCUGCUCCUGGUGGAUGAUGUAACUGUAUUGCCUGAGAAUGCCACCAUCUAUAAUCACCCUGAUGUGAAGGAAAUAUUUAGCCUUGUGGAAGGAUCUGGUUAUUUUUUAGUCAACAGCAAUGAGCAGGAUAUUGUUAUCAUCACUUAUAUGGAAGCAGAAAGCUCUGUCCAGUUAGUUCCAGUACAUCCUGGAUCUCUCACUUUGGAAGUAUAUGAUCUUUGCUUGGCUUUCCUGGGCCCAGCAACAGCCCACCUCAGCGUAUCAGACAUACAAGAGCUGGAACUUGAUCUUAUUGAUAAGGUUGAGAUCGGCAAAACUGUAUUAGUGACUGUGAGGGUUCUUGGCUCUUCCAAACGCCCAUUCCGAAAUAAAUACUUCAGAAACAUGGAGCUCAAACUGCAGUUGGCUUCUGCCAUUGUCACCCUGACGCUAAUGGAGGAACAGGAUGAAUACUCUGAAAAUUAUAUCCUUCGAGCUAUCACUAUUGGGCAAACCACACUUGUAGCUAUUGCCAGGGACAAGAUGGGGAGAAAAUUCACAUCAGCUCCUCGGCAAAUUGAAGUAAGGAAAUUGUCUCAUCUAAAAUUUGUACUUCUUCUUACUUAUCAUCAUUUAUCUUUUUCUGUUUACAUAAACAAACUGGGUGAUGAAAAGGGCAAUAGAAAGGUUUUUCUACAGCUCCCACCAGAGAAUAACUUUGCCAUGGUUGUCCACACAAGAGCAGCUGGCCGGACCAGUAUUAAAGUCACUGUCCGCUGUAUGAACAGUUCCUCUGGGCAGUUUGAGGGGAAUUUCUUGGAACUGUCUGAUGAAGUUCAGAUCCUGGUGUUUGAAAAACUCCAACUUUUCUAUCCAGAGUGCCAACCUGAGCAGAUUCUGAUGCCUAUGAACUCUCAGCUCAAACUCCAUACCAAUAGGGAAGGAGCUGCCUUUGUGAGUUCUCGUGUUCUCAAGUGUUUCCCUAAUUCGUCUGUCAUUGAGGAGGAUGGUGAAGGGCUCCUGAAAGCUGGUUCCAUUGCAGGUUCUGCUGUGUUGGAAGUCACUUCUAUUGAACCUUUUGGAGUCAACCAAACAACAAUAACUGGGAUUCAGGUAGCACCAGUGACAUACUUGCGAAUGAGCAGCCAGCCCAAGCUAUACACAGCCCAAGGAAGGACCUUGUCAGCCUUUCCCUUGGGCAUGUCUCUCACCUUCAUUGUUCAGUUUUAUAAUAGCAUCGGAGAGAAAUUCCACACACACAAUACCCAGCUUUAUCUGGCUCUGAACAGAGAUGACUUGCUGCUUAUUGGACCAGGGAAUAGGAACUAUACUUACAUGGCCCAGGCUGUGAACAGAGGGGUGACACUUGUGGGGCUUUGGGACCGGAGACAUCCAGGCAUGGCAGAUUAUAUUCCCGUUGCUGUAGAACAUGCUAUUGAGCCAGACACCAAGCUUACCUUUGUUGGAGAUGUCAUCUGCUUCAGUACUCACCUCGUCAGCCAGCAUGGUGAACCCGGGAUGUGGAUGAUUUCUGCUGACAAUAUUCUACAGACAGACACUGUUACUGGAGUAGGAGUGGCCAGGAGUCCAGGAACUGCAACAAUUUUUCAUGACAUCCCAGGAUUAGUGAAAACAUAUCGAGAGGUGGUAGUCAAUGCAUCAUCAAGAUUAAUGCUCAGUUAUGACCUCAAGACUUACCUCACUAAUACCCCCAAUUCAACUGUAUUCAAGCUCUUCAUCACCACUGGCAGAAAUGGUGUCAAUCUUAAAGGAUCCUGUACCCCGAAUCAGGCCUUGGCCAUUAAAAAUGAACUUCUUCCAGAGACUCUUAUGCUGUGCCAUGUACAGUUCAGUAAUACUUUGCUGGACAUUCCAGCAAGUAAAGUCUUUCAUGUCUAUUCCAAUUUCAGCAUGGAGAAAGGUAUUUAUGUCUGCCUAAUCAAGGUUCGACAGCAGUCAGAGGAGCUGCUCCAGGCCCUCAGCAUGGCUGACACCUCAGUAUAUGGGUGGGCCACACUGGUCAGUGAACGCAGCAAGAAUGGAAUGCAAAGAAUCCUCAUUCCUUUCAUCCCAGCCUUUUAUAUUAACCAGUCAGAACUGGUUCUUAGCCAGAAACAAGACAUCAGUGAGAUAAGAGUAAUGGGAGUGGAUAGAGUUCUUGAGAAGCUAGAGGUCUUCUCCAGCUCUCCACUUCUAGUGGUCUCUGGCCGUAGGCACUCUCCCCUCACUCCCAGCCUGGCCAUCUACCCUGUAAGAGUAGUCAACUUCACUUCCUUCCAGCAGAUGGCAUCACCCGUUUUCAUCAAUAUUUCCUGUGUGCUCACCAGUCAAAGUGAGGCAGUGGUAGUGAGAGUUAUGAAGGAUAAUUCAGAUGCAGAUCAGUGUGAAGAUUCAAGCAUCUUCAAGCAAUUCAUUGGUUCUUACCAGAUCCUCCUCUUUACUCUCUUUGUAGUAUUGGCAUCAACAGCUUUCAUCUUUCUAGCAUACAAUGCAUUCUUAAACAAGAUACAGACUGUUCCAGUUGUGUAUGUACCAACUCCAGGAACACCACAGGCAGGUUCUUAUACUUCCACAUAUUCUCCUCCUUCCUUCAUGAGUCCACAAGCCCCAGUGGCCCAGAGUCGGCUACAACAUUGGUUAUGGAGUAUAAGGCACUAACCUACACUUGGACAAGUCCCCUGUAACUUUAGGAGAAUGGAGAUUUGUAGCUCUGGAAAAGGAAGAUAAGCAGCAAUCUCUAUACUAAGCCUCCAAACAAGGCUUUGGAGAACUGUAAAUAAAGGAUCCUAAGUUGUUUUUUUUUUUUUUUAAAUUAAAGUGGUGUAUUGGA